GCAGCAGCUGACGUCAGGAGCGGAGCGGAGUGAGGGGAGUUGAAAUAGGGCAGAGCAGGAGAGCAGCGCUUAGAGGAAAAGCAGCCGGAGGAGCUGAAGGAUGGCGAGCCGUUGCUGACAGUUGGGACACGCUACCCGUCGCUUCAAACAAAGCUGCUUCUGAUACACCAGCCCGUAAUUAAUCUGAAGCCUUUAAACCCUGCCGAGAAAGGAGUGGAACUAAAAGUGCGCAGUUGUCUCUAUAGUCGCUGCGAGGAAGAUCUCUGGCAUAUUUGCACGAAUUUCCUUUCCUUUCUGCCCUCUUGCUUUGGAAUACCACAGGUAAGCACUCAUGGGUAGCCUGUGUGUUUGGGCUGUGGCCGCUCUGCUGGGCACCUCAGGGUGCUGGCUGGCUGAAGGGCUCAAGACCAGCAGGAGAGGCAGCGUUCAUUCAGCUACAAUGCCACGUAGCUCCUCCCAGGAACCAAACGCCAUGGAGAAGGGGAAAGCAGACGGGAACAUCGAUCAAUCCCUCUCUGACCCAGAUGGAGAUCCCUGUCGCAGGACUUACUGUGGACGGGGUCGACAGUGUGUGCUGAUGGCGGACACCGGCCGUGCCGAGUGUGUUUGCCAGGAAAAGUGCCGGCCCUCCUUUGUGCCGGUGUGUGGUUCAGACGGCAGGUUCUACGAGAACCACUGCGAGGUUUACCGCACCGCCUGCCUGGAGAGGAGGCGGAUCUACGUGGUGCACAGCAAGGACUGCUUCUUCAAAGGCAACGCAUGCACCAUGUCGGAGUACAACAGGCUGAAAAGCAUGCUGCUGGAUAUGCAACCAAAAGUGCUGAAAAAUGGAGGGCAGAGCCAGCAGAGAGACAUGGAGGAGAAGAGAGCACGGGUGGACACCAUGUUCAAAUACCUGGAUGUGGACCAGGACGGCCGGCUGGUCAGUGGGGAGCUGGAAAAGAUCUCCAUGAAGGAGCACCUGGAGGACAGCCUGCUGGAGUGCACCAUGCAGGACCUUCUGCGUUACGACGACUACAACAAUGACAGACACCUCAGCCUGCACGAGUUCUACACAGCUUUCCAGGUUGUCCAACUGAGCCUGGCGGAGGACCAGUGGAUCAGUGUCUCUACGGUAACAGUGGGCCUUAGUGCGGUCCUUACGUGUGCCAUCCAAGGAACGCUGCGUCCACCAAUCAUCUGGAAGAGGAACGGCAUCAUCCUGAACUUCUUGGACCUGGAGGAUAUCAACGUGAGUGACUUUGGGGACGAUGGCUCCCUGUACAUCACCAAGGUGACAACCAUCCACAUGGGGAACUACAGUUGCCAUGCCUAUGGCUAUGAAGACCUCUAUCAGACUCAUGUGCUGCAGGUGAAUGUCCCUCCAGUGAUCCUGGUCUACCCGGAGACGCAGGCCCAGGAGCCCGGCGUAUCUGCCAACCUCCAUUGCCACGCCGACGGCAUCCCGAAUCCCAAGCUCCUCUGGCUGAAGAACGGCAUGGACCUGCUGCCCAGAUCCUCCACACAGCUCGCUCUCAUAGCCAAUGGUAGUGAGCUCUUCAUUGGCAGCGUCCGGUACGAGGACACUGGAGCCUACACAUGCAUCGCCAAGAACGAGGUUGGCGUGGACGAGGAUAUCUCCUCUCUGUUUGUUGAAGACUCGGCCAAGAAGACCCUUGCAAACAUUCUGUGGAGAGAAGAAGGGUUGAGCGUGGGAAACAUGUUCUAUGUGUUUUCUGAUGAGGGUAUCACUGUUCUUCAGCCCAGUGAAUGUGAGAUACGCAAACAUAUGCAGCGGGCAGAGAGGAUUGUUGCUACAUAUGAGGAGAUGUGCCCUAAGGGUGAGGGGGUGUCACCUCAGCACUGUGUGUGGUCCUCAGCAGUCAACGUCAGGGAUAAGUACAUCUACGUGACCCAGCCCCUCCUGAGCCGACUGCUGGUGGUCGAUGUUCAGACGCAGAAGGUGGUGCAGGCAGUAACAACAGAUUCUUUUCCAGUGAAGAUGCUCUAUGACAAGUCACAUGACCAGGUGUGGGUCCUAACAUGGGGGGAUAUGGACAGAACACAUCCAACACUUCAGGUCAUUCCUCAAGCCAGUGUGGGAGAGGUGCAUCAUGCCAUCCGCACGACUUUCCAGAGGGUCAGCGACUUCUUUAUUCCUCCAACCAACCUCAUCAUCACACACGUGAGGUUUGCCUUCGUCUUCCUCAAAAACGAACCUGCGGUACACAAGAUCGACCUUGAGACCUUCCAUCGCGUCAAGACCAUCAGCCUGAAGAACUACAGCUGCAUACCGGUCAGCAUGGCGUACACACACCUGAGCGGCUUCUACUUCGUCCAGUGCGAGAGCAAGAGCCACCUGAAAGCCCCGCCCCAGCUGCUCAUCGACAGCGUGACGGACGCAGUGAUUGGUCCAAACCUGAACAUCACUGGGCAGGCCUUUGUGUCGCCGGAUGGCCGCUACAUUGUGACGCCCGACCCUCAGAGCUCCAAGCUGAUAGUACAGACAGUGUCGUUCCAGGGGGAGCUGGGUCUGAACCAGGAAGUGGACGAGCCAAUAGCUGUGUCCGAUUUGGCUUUCCAGCCGUCCUUCACGGAGUCCAACCAGCACGUGGUUGUCGCCACCUCGAGCUCAGGGACGGACCUGCUGUUUGCCGAUCUGUCCUCGGGCCACACUGAGGUUCUGCGGAGCCUCAAGGAGCCCCUGGCCCCCCAAGCCUGGCCCUGGGGAGGCCCCAACAGAGUAGUGGUCUCCAGCGGUUUGUUUGGACAGUACCUCGUGACACCGUCAGCCGAGUCCCUCUUUGUCCUGAAUGGCAAACAGAGAACGCCUCACUGUGAAGUGUCAGACAUCAAGAGAGGAAACACAGUCGUCUGGGUCGGCGAGGUAUGAGUAAAAAGGGGGAAAAAAAGAAAGAUGAAGAUUAGAGACAAACGUAAAUGGAAAAAAAGGAAAGAUCAGGCCAAAUUACCUAUUAUAAAGAUUUAUGUGAAGAUCAGUUGUGGACUCAACCCUGGGACUGAGCGAGAGGGAUACAUGCCUGGGUUUAUUGUAACAAAACUACACUUAAAAUUAGAGUAAUUGAGAAAAACAUUAAGAAACCCUGUUGUGAUAUUUCUAUUGGGAGAAAGUGUCAAUGCCGUUCAGUGCAACAGUGAUCUAUGUUCACUUAACUAUACAGAAUUGUACAUUAUUGCACUUCCUUCCAUGUUAUCACAGCAAGUAGGUACCUGAAGAGGGGUUAUUAACAAACUAUGAACUAUGCACAAUGCUCACUUUUUUUAGAGUAAAAAGCUUUCCGAUUUUGUUUAUCUCAACAAUGUUUGUCGUUAUCACCAGUGCUGCAUAUAAUCACCAGAAACUGUCCGUCUGUCCUGUCUGCCUUUAGUGUAUGUGUGUUCUGAGUCCUUUUAAAAGCUACCAACCCAUCCGUUUAUUGGCCUUUGUCAUGGUAUUGUACUGUAUCCUCCCUCUGAAAGCUCUCAUUCUUCUCAUGCCGGCAGAGGUUGGCUUUAUGCACAUGUGUAAUUCCUUCUAUUUACAUUGUCUCUCCAAAGAGCCCGAUUGGUCCAUUAGCCGAUGUUUUCGCUCGCAAAGGCAGCCUAACCAGAAAUGAACAGUACAUAUUGCGGUCUCUUGCAAUGGUGUAAUCUCUCUCCUGCUGUCCCUCACAUUUAUUCUGUACCUGCAGCACAAUUCUGAUCUGCAGAGCCUAAAAAUGCCACACAGAUUUCCUCAGGGUAAUGACUCCUCUUUACUCUGACCCCACAUGCUGAGGCCGCGCCAAAGUGCCAUCAACUCGCUAUCGAACGGGCUGUGAGCAUUUUUACUUCCUCCCUGAGAGCUGUGCAUCAAGAUGAAUCUCUAAGGCAGGUACUACACUUGCCAUGUGGUAGUUAUUCCACUUUGUUACACAUAGAACAUUUUUGUAUUACUUUCUGUCUAGUCUGCAAGAAAAACUUUUAAAAGCAACCACAUUUGCACAGGAAUAACAGACACUAAACUACCGUACUGUUUUAAACAUCAACAUUGUAUCACUAAUUUUGAACAACCCUGGUAUUAUCUGUCUCGAGGCAGGAACCGAAUAAACACCAGCAACUAUUUGUCCUUCAAAAUAGCAGGUAUGUUCACUCUGUGGUUGUGUAAUUAGCUUUUUCCCAUUUGCACUAAUAAUCGUAAUGAUGAUCCAUUAGCAACAAGACAACGCCACUGCAGCUCUGCAGAUGUAAUAAUGAUAUCAGAAGUGACUGGAAUCUCUCAAACAUCUCUGCCUCUUGACGGUAGUGACGAGGAACAUUAAUAUGUAUCCAGCAUUCACACUUAAUGUCUCGUUAAUUGCAAUUUGUUUAUAUAUACUUUAAUUUAUUUUUAAAUGAACUUCCUUAAUCAGCAUAGACCAGCUAUAGGCAACAUAGUGUAAUCAAUUCAUUCAUAAAAAUACAUAUUUUAUAUCAAAUACAAUGUAAACUGUAAAAGUAAAGGACUUUAGAAAAAGUAGCAUUAAUGCUCAGUCCCUGCAUGGAAAGAUAGAUAUCUUCUAAAUGAUCUCAGCAAGCUCUCUUGUAUAUUAUACAGUAUGUGAUCACUGUACAAAUACUCACAGCCUAUAGAAAUGUGCAGUUGUUGACCCUUUUUUUGGCAGUUACAUACAACUCCACAGAAGGAGUGCUUAAGGAAAAGUGUAUCACCAUAAGUCCAGCUGGAGUCUUGUGAAUGGAGAAUAUCUGCUAAUGUGGUUUGCUUUUCCUCCCCAGGAAUAAACAACGGCCCACAUCAAAUACUAACUAUCAUCUCCUAAUACGUAGUUGUGCCUGUAACUCCCCAAUGCGAUGCAAUGUGUAGGGUAGGGAAAAAAAGAAAACGCAGGAGUGAAGCCGAUUAGUCGUUCUUGUUUGUAAUUUAGGUAUUUGCUGCUAAUCAGCCAUGAAGUUACUUUCUGGCAUGAAAGCCUGUUGAUGACUCAAUGAUAGACCACUGUUGCACUGAGGAGAAAAAUAUACUAUCUUGACAUACAUUUAUGUUUAUGAAUGGUAAUGUGUCAAAUUGGUAGCCCAGUUUUCUCACUGUAUCAAAAAUAAAUAUAUUAUUACUGUUUAAAAAAAGGCUCUGAUGCUUCGUAAAGUCACUUUCCCAUCCAAAGUCACUCCCCUGGUGGCUCUAAAUGAGCAUCUACCGUAUUGGGCGGCUCUGAGACAUGCAUGUAAUAAAAACAGACCUUCAACAUGAUCAUCUCUCAAUGAUCUCUCGCACUCACUCACGGUUUACUUGUGAAAAAGUCACCUUCCCUCCCUCUCUUCGACACGUCCGUCAGCUUAUCUCUUAAGGUCGAUUCAGCAGUUUGACACCGCUACUAGAGCCCCGGAGAUCAAGAACAAAGAGACUGCAGCACACUCGCUGAUAUUACUAAAUAAUUGGCUAGCUCGUGUUGUUUGUUUGGAUCUACCUUCAGUGUCACAUGAAUAUUUGCAUCCCUCUCCUCGAACCCUCCUGUGAGGGGCUGCUCAGCUGACCCGCUUGGUGUGAUAGACAUUGAUAGGAACCACUGUUGUAGAUAACAUUUCUCAUGUUUAGAACACGUUCAGACAUGACGAAACUGACUGUACAGUUUUCUUUAUGCAUUUUGUGUGUUCUGGUUUAUGAGGGAAUUGUUUUGUAAGAAAAAAUCAAAUUAAAUAUAUUGUAAAAAUCA